ACCUCCCGCGCGCGCCCGCCGCCGCCGUCGACCCUCCCCUCCCUCGCACCCAUGGCGUUCGCGCUCAAGGCCUCCGCCUCCCCCGCCCUCGCCGCCGCCUCCUCGGCGGCGGCGGCGGCGUCGUCCCCCUCCUUCUCCGCCUCCGCCUCCGCGGCGCCGAGGGGCCGCGCCGCCGCGGCCAGGAGGGUCGCGCUCCGCGGGGCCGCGCGCCCCGUGGCCGCCAUCAGGGCGUCCGCGUCUGCCGCCCCCGCCGCCCCCGCCGUGGCCGGGGACAAGCGCACCAUCUCGGGCACCUUCACCAACCUCAAGGCGCAGGGCAAGAUCGCGUUCAUCCCGUUCAUCGUCGCCGGCGACCCCGACCUGGCGACCACGGCGAAGGCGCUGAAGGUUCUCGAUGCGUGUGGUUCCGAUGUGAUCGAAUUGGGCGUGCCGUACUCUGAUCCCUUGGCUGAUGGCCCUGUUAUUCAGGCUUCUGCUACACGCGCGCUGACAAAGGGCACCACAUUUGAGGAUGUUAUCUCUAUGGUGAAAGACGUGGUGCCUGAGCUGUCCUGCCCUCUCGCGCUUUUCACAUAUUACAACCCGAUUCUGAAGCGCGGUGUCGCCAACUUCAUGUCUGUUGUAAAAGAAGCCGGUGUACACGGGCUUGUGGUACCUGAUGUUCCUCUAGAAGAGACAGAUAUUUUGAGAAGCGAGGCUGCCAAGAACAACCUAGAGCUGGUGUUACUAACAACACCAACUACACCAACAGAAAGAAUGGAGAGAAUUACAAAGGCUUCAGAAGGAUUUGUUUAUCUUGUAAGCACCACCGGAGUUACUGGCACACGUGCAAACGUAAGUUUCAAGGUGGAAGCUCUUCUUAAGGAAAUCAAGCAGGUCACAGAUAAAGCUGUUGCUGUUGGCUUUGGAGUGUCAACUCCAGAGCAGGUGAAGCAGAUCGCGGGCUGGGGUGCAGAUGGUGUGAUCGUCGGGAGCGCGAUGGUGAGGCAGUUGGGCGAAUCUGGUUCUCCUGAAGAAGGAUUGAAGAAGCUAGAAGAAUUAGCCAAGAGCCUAAAGGCCGCAUUUCCAUGAAACAAGCAUUUUUAUCCUUUGUGGGGGGAAAUCGCAUGAAUACCAUAUAUAUUUUUUUAGUUCUGUUUUACAGUGUAGCAUUACAUUCCUGGCUUUAGAUUUCGAAGGAUCCUGUUGUGUGAUAGAAUAAUUGUACCCAUGUGUUGAAUGCUCGGGUGAAUAAAUUAAUUGAGGUUAGUGUGACAAACGAUGGAAAAAGAUUGCAUCUUUCUGUCCCA